AUGUCCCAACCCGCCCUCGCCACCAGGCCCAAGCCCCUCGUCCAGACAGGCAUCAUGUCGUCCCCUUUGCAGUCAACCUCGUCACCUUUGCAGACCACCUCGUCAUCUUCGAAGGUCCCCCGUGCUCAAUCAUUCCUCGACUUUCUCCACAACGGUCCCCCUCCUCCUCCUCAGGACUGGCCGCGCCGCGACUGGUCAACCACGGGCUUUGGCGUCCCCAUGUAUGCUGGUACGGUGGCCAGCGCGGAUCAAAUUGGCUGGGCGUGCAAGAAUGCGACCGUCGCCAUCAUUGAGGCGGGGACCAGUUGGGAUACCAUCAAAGACAAACCCCUGGCAGUCUAUUUGGCCAUCGCUGACAAGGUGCUCGAACUCAAUGACCAUGCGCGUGGGGCCAGAGGACACACAGGAUGGUUGAAAGAGUAUGAAGCCUGGAAGGCGGAGCGCACGGCGGACAUUGCCAAAGUGUUUGGCUGGGCUGUCCGAGACUGGCCAGACGUCGACGUCACGCUGCCCAAGGCGACAGAAGUGUGUCUCGGCGCCCUACACGCCGGGUUCGAUCUGUGCGACUCGUAUCAAUCCCCGCCCACGGACGCGGAGACGCUGCCAUCCUCGUUCUUUGGCGAGUUUUCGCCCCGUCCAUCAGACCUGUCGCGCUACGGCAUGUCCAUCAUCUGUGGACAGCUCGACUUUGAUGACCCGGAUCUCGAGUACAAGCUUCUCAACAAGUGUGCCGAUCUGGAGGACAAGGCAGUGACGCUCGACUCGAAGCCUGGUCCACUCAGCCGCCUGCCUCUCCUGCCCAGAGACGAUCGUGAUCCUUCCGUGUAUGGACCUGCGACCAGCCGCUAUCCGGCCAACUUUGUAUGGCACGACGACCCGUAA